CUUUGUUGCUUUUAAAGAAAUGGGAUGAUAACUUCUGUCAACCUGUAAAUAUAAGAAUCAGCCUGAUCCAUACCCUGAUCCAUAAGCCACUAACACUUAAUGGCACAAAAGCUCAGAUAUGGUGGAGGGUCAGAGAAACAAACAUAUAAAAAUAUAGGGUGCUCAGAAAAAUGCACCUGGGAUCUCCUUAUAGAAAAAUAUUUAUAAACCAAGAAUUACAGUGCAUGUGGGGAGAAGCUCAGGGCCACAUACAGGGCAUUCUUUCAAGAACAUUUUUCCAGCACAUUUGAAACCACACCUGCCAGUCCAGUCUUAGAGACCGGGUCUGCAGUUUCCACUAGGACUUCAGACCAGGGUUCCUGCCUCACCGUUUAUAGUUAAUUAUGGGCAAGGACUGCUUAUCUGGGAUCAGGAGGGGGAGGUAUUGCAUUAACAAAGGACAAAGGACAUGAUGGACAAAGGACAAUGAUGUCCAGUGGAGGACAUCAUUCAUGAAAGUGGCCUGACUUUGGCCAAGCAGAUCUCAUGGCUACCACCCUGACCUUGAAGGUCUUCCAUAUAGCUCCAGGAACUGGGAGGUAGUUUUAAUCACACACAGCCCUCAUCCCUGUGGAUUGUGUUUUAUUUGAUGAUCCUUGGUUAAAUAAGGACAUAUUCUGCAGUUUUUAGGUAAUUAUACAUUCUCUAACUCCUCAGUGAGACAGCUAAGAGAUCUGUGUUACUUCCUUCACAUAUAUAAAUAAAUUUCAAUGAAAAUCGGGGCAUGAAUAAUUUCUUUUCUUCACCAAUAAGAAGCUACCCAUAUGGAAGGCCAUUCGGAAGACAGGAAGUAAAUUUUCUACUAGAAAUUUUUUUUGAAUUAACAGGGAAAAGAGGAUGUUUGGUUCUUUCUCUUGAAUUUGACGAAGAAUCGAGGGCUUUCUCGAAAAGAUUUGUCAUGUAGGGUCAUUUGUCACUGAAAGGUUAAAAGGCAUAUGAAAUGUGAGUCUCUAGGAAGCAUCCUGCGGUGGAACCUAGGCGAUUUGCUACCCACCAGUUUUGUGGGAUGCAACUUUUCGAGGCAAACAAACACAAGUGCUCCUCCUCCGAGGGCGGGGGCGGUUCCUGAGCGAUGCACCAAUCACAGCGCGCCCUGCCCUAUAUAAGGCCCUGAGGCCCCGCCACGUUUCACCCUUCUAGGUGGUUGUUAACGUCCUGCUUCUUCUGGUAUGUCGGAAACAGCUCCUGUAGCUCCCACUGAUCCUGUUCCAGGCCCAAUGGAGAAGCCGCCUGCCAAAAAGCGGGGGAAGAAGGCGGUCGGCCUGACAGGUGCAGGUCGCAAGGCUCGGAGUUCCUCGGUGUCCAAGUUGAUCACUGAGGCUCUUUCCGAGUCCCAGGAGCGAGCAGGUGUGUCCUUGGCUGCCCUCAAGAAGGCCCUGACCGCCGCAGGAUAUGACGUUGAGAAGAAUAACAGCCGCAUCAAGUUGGCUCUUAAGAGUCUGGUGGGCAAGGGUGUUUUGGUGCAGACCAGGGGUACUGGUGCCUCUGGCUCCUUCAAGCUCAGCAGAAAGGCUGCUCCUGAAGCCACCAAGGCCAAGGUCAGAAAGCCUGCUUCUGCCAAGGCUAAGAAGCUGGUCCUGUCCAGGGACUCAAGGUCCCCAAAGGGUGCCAAAACCAACAAGGGAACCAAAAAGCCCAGGCCUACACCUAAGAAAGCUCCGGCGAGUGGGAGGAAGACCAAAGGAGCCAAGGGCAUCCAGCAGCCGAAGAGCCCUGCUACGGCCAGAGCGGGGAAGCCCAAGACUGGGAAGCCCAAGCUGGCCCUGCAGAAAGCCAACCCUAGGAAGGCGGCUUCGAAGAAGUGAAGAGAGGAGAUAAGCCGAAUUGUCUACGAACCCAAAGGCUCUUUUAAGAGCCACCCAAAUUUUUAAAAUGGCUUGACACUGGAAAAAUAUAGAAGUAUAGUUAGUGCUUAUAUUGUACUAACACUAGUGAGAUAGUCAAAGUUGACCACAUGAGAUGGCAAAUGUAGUUGGGGUAGAGAAGGGUGUGCUGUAUUAGACGGUUUGCUUUGUGGAAUUAUCUGCUUCUGGAAUUAUCAAAAUGGAGAACAGGAAUAAGUCAGCACAGAAAUAAAGCCUCGUUUUGUUGAAAAAGAAAAAUGCUUAAGUCCAGUUUACCCUUUUAAGGUGUAUAGUUCUAGUCAAGAGUUUCCCCGGUGUCCAUUGACUGAAUUAUGAAUCAUGGUGUUCAGGAUUGGGGAUAGGGAAGUUGAACCUUUCAUUAACUUUAAUGUUCCUCCUGUGUGAUGGUUGAAAAUA